AUGUCGUACGAUCUUCAAACCGCCGAAAAAGCCGCCUAUGCUCCAUUCUUCGGAUACAUGGGAGCCGCUUCAGCUCAAAUCUUCACCGUUUUGGGAGCUGCCUACGGAACCGCCAAAUCUGCUGUCGGUAUCUGCUCAAUGGGAGUUAUGCGACCAGAAUUGAUCAUGAAAUCAGUUAUUCCAGUUAUUAUGGCUGGUGAGUUUGAAACAUCCAGGGCUUUCCCUGUCAUAAAUGUAGCUAGAACUAUUUUUUGAAAACAUUCAGGUAUCAUUGGUAUCUACGGUUUGGUCGUCGCCAUGGUCUUGAAAGGAAAAGUCCAAGCAGCUUCUCAGGGUUAUGAUUUGAACAAAGGAUUCGCUCAUUUGGCCGCCGGUUUGACCUGUGGAUUGUGUGGAUUGGGAGCCGGAUAUGCUAUCGGAAUUGUUGGAGAUGCCGGAGUUCGUGGAACUGCUCAACAACCAAGACUUUUCGUCGGAAUGAUCCUUAUCCUCAUUUUCUCUGAAGUAUGUUUUCUCGAAACCAUUUUUUUCAGAUUUUUUCAAAUAAUUAUGAUUUCAGGUCCUCGGACUCUACGGUAUGAUUGUUGCCCUUAUCCUCGGAACAUCAUAA